AUGGGAUGCUACCCGGCAUCAGGCGGCUCGCUGAUGCUGAUGAUGGUGGCCCUGCUGAUGAUGAUGAUGGCUAAUCUCGCCCGUGCCCAAAUCGACUGGGCGGAGGACGAUGACGAUCCAGUGUCGACCGUGACAGUCGAGGCGGUUCUCGGGCGGACAGCGACCCUACCGUGCGAUAUCGAACCCGAGGAACUCAACGACCGGGUGUACAUGGUGCUGUGGUUUCGGGAAAGUGCCGGAAAACCCCUUUACAGCUAUGACGUCCGGGGGAGGCAAUUCUCCAAGGCGCUCUACUGGUCGGAGACGAGUGCCUUCGGUCCACGGGCGUACUUUGUCACCAUUUCCAAACCGGCGGCCCUCAGCGUGGACAACAUUCAGCUCGACGACGAAGGGGUGUACCGUUGCCGAGUGGAUUUCCAGAACUCGCCCACAAGAAAUCAUCGCAUCAACCUCACCGUUACCGUGCCACCCCAUCAAAUCCUGGUGUACGACGCUUCCGGGUUGGACGUGACUGGUGCCAUCGGGCCGCUACAGGAGGACGACAACCUGGUGCUCACCUGUGAAGUCCGCGGAGGACGACCGGAACCAACCGUCACCUGGCUGAACGGGGACGAAAUAAUGCAAACCGGUGGCGGCAUCUCGAUGGGGCGCCACGUUACCGUCAAUCGGCUCGAGAUACCUAAAAUGACACGAUCGGCGCUGAACAAUACGUACAAGUGUCAGGCAUCGAACACCAAGCUCGUGCCGCCGGCCGAGCGCAGCAUACGGGUGGAUAUGUUGCUAAAACCCCUGUCGGCCGCGCUGUCGUCGAAACCGAAGCAGCUGAUAUCGGACCAGGAGUACGGCGUGGCAUGCAACGUCGAGGGAUCCGUCCCAGAGACGGACAUCAAAUGGAUGCAAAACAAUCGACCCUUCACGAAGGGAAAGAUCAAAAUCAUCAACAACGGUUCGCUGGUGUCGUCCGUGCUCAGCUUCCGGCCGCAUCCCGAUGACGACGGCACAAUUCUAAAGUGUGAAGGCUCGAAUCCACGCCUGCAAAACUCCGUCCUCGAAGAUUCGGUCAUCAUGAACGUGCUGUAUCCACCGCAAGUGACGCUGUCGCUGGGAUCAACGCUUAAUCCCGACGACAUCAAGGAGGGCGACGACGUCUACUUCGAGUGUCACAUUAAGGCAAAUCCGAGGGAGCAUCGCAUUACAUGGUCACACGAUGGAUUGCCCGUCACGCAGAACGUCACCUCGGGUGUCAUCAUCUCCACGCGAUCCCUGGUGUUGCAACGCGUGGGAAGGUUCCACUCGGGAAGUUACGCCUGUGCGGCUGCCAAUGAUCGAGGAGAAACUCAGAGCGACCCGGUUGCGCUCAAGAUCCACUUUGCGCCGGUUUGCAUAUCAAGCAGUAUCAUGAUCGUUGGCGCGUCCCUGGACGAAACCGUGCCGGUACCGUGUCACGUAGCGGCCGAUCCGCUGGACGUGUCCUUUGAUUGGAACUUCUCCAACAGUGGCGAGCGGUUCGAGGUGGCCAGCGGCCAGUUCAACCUGCUGCAGGAGUUCCACUCGGAGGGCAUCACCCAAUCGCGCUACGACCCGAACGAGGACAAUUCAGAAACCGUCUACGAGCUGCUGUACACGCCGAAGAGCGAACGCGAAUACGGUACGUUGGCGUGCUGGGCGAAGAACUCCAUCGGGAAGCAGCUCGAACCGUGCCUGUUCCAGGUCGUACCAGCAGCCAAGCCCGCACCGCUGCGCAACUGCACCCUGCGGCCCUACUCGACCCUCCUGCCCCCGGGAGCCCACGGCCAGCCCAACGGUCCAAGUUCAGGUUCCGCCGCGUCAGCAUCCGCGCACUACUCGUACCCGUACGGAGGCGACCCACCAACUGGCCGACUGGCCCAUUCGGGUCAGCACUACCGGGACACUAAUUACAUUGGGCCACAAUUCGUUAAAGAUCGGAACGUGCCGACCGAGCGGCGGAAUGUUACAGCGAAAUUUAAUCAGAAAAAUCCCACCCCCACCGGGUCCGGUUCCCCGGACGUCCCGGUGGCCAAACGCGACCGGCGCAACCGCACCGGCGGUUUGGCUACGAUCCGCGACGUCGACAUUGCCCGGCUGACGGCGGACGACGUUGGGGAUGUUGAGGGUGGACCCGCCCCAAAGGGGGCCCCACUGCCCCGGUCACCACCUCCACCCGCACAACCAUCGGCCGAGGUGCUCCGACGCCGGGCCAGUACAAAGCCUGCACCACAGCAUCCGAGUAGCGAGCAGGAGCGCAGCAGCAGAACGAACCUGCUAAAUACGGCGACGGCCGUACUGCUGGGCGAAGGCGGAUCAGCAGCCGUUCUGGCCUCCUCGUCGGCGGUCUCCAGUGAUGGACCAGCCGAAGGACACGGUGAGCGGCUGCGACGGCAUACCUCCACCGGUGGUGGCACCCAGCGCAACACCAGCCUCCCCACCGACAAUCAGCGGGAGCAGCAUCCGGCACCCAGUGGCACAGGGUGGCCUCGGGGUGGAAAUAAUCAUCGACCAGCGGCAGCGACGAUGACAUCCGUGGGGCCGAUUGCAGCGCAAUUAAGAUCGAAAGCGAUACGCCACCAAUCGGUGCCGGAACCGGUGGUCUCGGCGCUGGCGUCGGCGUACGGUGGCGGUUCCGGUGGUACGAGUGGUGCCACCGGACACGCCACUUCCUAUGGAGGCAAUCAUCAUCAUCAUCAGCAUCACUUCGCGGACCAUGGGCCGACCGGGAGUGGGCCGGUUUCUGCCAGCGGACCCGGCGAACCGCCCACCAUGAUGGAGCUCGAGUGCGUCGCCGGGUAUGACGGUGGCUUGCCGCAGCACUUUUUCCUCGAGGCCUACGACUCUCGGACGCGCAAAUUGCGCCUAAACAUCACAAGUGCCCUUACCGACGUUCCGCUCUUCCGGAUCGACCUCACCGAACUGAGCCCCAGCGAAGCCUACACACCGACGCUGCACCUGAUAGCGUACAGCGUGAAUCAGAAGGGUCGUUCCGAGCCGACGAUCCUGGAGGAUAUAGCAAUUAAUGAAGCUGAAAAAAGGACCGACGGAACGGAGGGCUUCGCCAUUCUACCGUUCGCGGCCCUGCUCACCGGGGCGCUUUUCACGAUCGGCAUUGCCGUCCUGCUGGUCGUCGUGCUUGCCAUCCGCCGGAAACGCGAUGGCCACGGUGGUGGGUUGUGUGAUGGCAAGGAAAAACACCUCGGUAUGGAUAUCACCGUGACGACACCGCUCGAGAUGGGCAUGGGCCAGCAGAAGUACGUCGUCGCUUACACGCUCAAGCAGGGCGUCGAGAAGCAACCGGACAUUCUGAGCGCACAGAAGACGGGCUCAGCCAGCGUGCAGUCGAUUAAGGACAUCGCCCCGAAGCUGGGUGGCUCUCCGGUUGGCAUCCGGGGACCACCGUCCGGUGCCAUUUACGCCACGCAGGGCUACGAUCCCCAAAAAUCAACACCUUCCAGCCGGCAGAGCACGCUCAAGCGAACCGACGCGUCCGCAAACAGCUACUGCCUUCUGCAGCAGCAGCAACAGCAACAGCAGCAGCCAUUGAGCGGUACCAGCAAGUACUCGGGUGAUCUGGUGGAGUACGAGAAGCCGUACACGAACUACCAGCACACGCUGCAGUACAACCACAAUCCACCGCCGCUGGUGGAUCCGUACGCGUACAAGAGUCCUCCGCUGGGAGGUCUGUCCGGUGAACUGCAGCAGCCGGCAAUCGGCGAGUCCGGUGUUGCGGGAAAUGCGGCCGGUUUCGAGUAUCGCAGCAACAGCGGUCGAAGCAGCAGCGGCAACUUGAAACAGGCGGCAACGGCCGGUGGCAACCCCGAGUUCCGGUACUCGGGUUCCGAGUUCGUGGCGGAUCUGCUCGACUUCAGCAGCGCACCAUCGCCCUCGUCCGGGACGACCGUGGGUGCGACACUUACGAAGGCACGCAACCGCCAGCACAUCAUCACGGACACGCUUCCCGGGCCGGAGAGUUGCGUGUAA